AUGGCUUCCGAGACAAGUUCAUUUUUACAACACCCCGUCAUUGGACACAUUCGCGUUAGAGAUGGCGAUGGGGUCGUCCAAUGCCUCGGUCUCAAGUAUGCUUCUCUCGAAAAUCGAUUCGCUGACGCGCAAAUCAUGGAUUACCCCAGCGAGGGCCAUCUUACGGCUACAAGGCACGGUCCGCCCGUCAUCAUGCCACAUGGAGCUGUUGACUUUGAAAUGGAGUUGAUUCAACAGGCCGUCCCCAAGUUUGAUGUUCCUCCCAUGUCCGACCUGGAUGGUUUGAACCUGAACAUCACCUUGCCAAAGGACUGCAACGAGGGCUCCAUCCCUCGACUCCCAGUGUUGGUAUUUGUCCACGGUGGCAGCUUCACCUUCGGGUCUAGCUCUUACCCUCAUUACGAUCAAAGCCGAAUUGUCAAGUUGUCAAGAGAGAUGGGGUUCUUGACUUCGAAAGAGCUUUCAGAUGCGGGCUUCAAGCCUAAUCGUGGCCUCCGAGACCAGACAGUUGCACUACGGUGGAUAAAGAAAUACAUUACUGGGUUUGGAGGCGACCCUGAUCAGAUCACACUCGUCGGGCAAAGUGCUGGCGCAGCGUCGGUCGACUUCCAUAUGCAAUCCGAGGAAGCCUUGUUCAGCCAAGCAAUUCUGUUUGGAGGCUCCUCUGUCCUAUUAAAACCGCUUGAGCCAGAGGCAGCUGAAUCCAUCUACAGCUCUGCCAUUCAGGCACUAGCUCUGGACGAGCAGUCUCCUGAAGGUCGGAUCAAGUCCCUAUUGAGCAUUCCGGCAGAGCUUAUGCUGUCCAGUGCUUCAAAGGAAAUGAUUGCAGCUGGUCCUACAGUUGAUCAUGACCUGAUCGCGGUCGCAGCAACUCUUGGAGACACCAAUGACAUGGUUGAAUCUCCAAUGUCCCGCAAUCGAUGGUGCAAAAGAUUGUUUUCCAUCGAUAGCCAGUUUGAUGCAUCCAUUUUUGACAUCCUCAACCUCCGCGCCCGCCAACAAGGCAUCACAACAAACUUCCGAACUCAUUUGAUCAAGACCUUGGGGAAAACAGAGACUUCUAGAGUUUUGGACCACUACAACAUACGUGACGACACGCCGGAUGAAGAAUCCUUGCUCAGCAUCGCUCAAGCCAUCACCGAUGUCGGCUACUACGCCCUAUCUGUGAAAUAUGCCGAGUCAUUUCCGGGAGAUUCCGUUCUGGGUCACUUCAACGAGCCAAACCCGUGGGAUGGUGUUCACGCUGGUCGAGCGAAUCAUAUCCUUGAUAUCGCCUAUCUCUUUGGCAACUAUGAGGGGAGAUAUGGCCCCCAGAACAAACUUGUGGCUAGAUCACUGGCUGAAGACGUUCUGUCGUUUGUACACAGAGUGGAUGGCUUGCCGGCUUUUGGCGUGGAGAAGAAAGUGAUAGUGUAUGGGCCAGGGAUUGGCGGUAUGUCUAGACAGAUCUUGAGAUGGGAUGAUGGAGCAGCCAUGAGAAACGGUACCAUAUUCGAGCUAGCAAAGGAAGCGGGGGGUCUUGGUAAACUGCUGCAGGCCCUCCUCAGCUUCUGUUAA